GGUCUUCUGGGACCUGUCAUGUGUCCACAGUCUCUGGCCAUCUCCUGUACUGUCUGCAGUCUCUGGUCAUCCCCUGCACUGUCUGCAGUCUCUGGUCAUCCCAUGUACUGUCUGCAGUCUCUUGGUCAUCCCAUGUACUGUCUGCAGUCUCUUGGUCAUCCCCUGUACUAUCCGCAGUCUCUGGUCAUCCCCUGUACUGUUUGCAGUCUCUUGGCCAUCCCCUGUAGUAUGUCCGCAGUCUCUGGUCAUCUCCUGUACUAUGUCUGCAGUCUCUGGUCAUCUUCUGUGCUAUGUCUGCAGUCUCUGGUCAUCUCCUGUACUAUGUCUGCAGUCUCUGGU